CAUGAAUGUUGUCUUUAUGACUGAACUCAACUUAACUUAAUUUAAAUGCACUAUAAUGUCUUGGUAGCCGACAUUCUCAAAGUCAAAUCUCUGGUUUGGUUUGUUAAGGAAAGAAUUAAGUAAGUAACUAAUUUGCUUUCUCUUGAACGACAUUGUAAAGUCGUCACUUGUACAGUAUCUAUAAAACUAGUGAUAAAAAUCACUAUCAAUAAAAUGAAAAUUUUUAUAUUUAAAUUUCUUAGUUUCUGUAAUAAACUACAAUUUUAUGAAAGAAGAUCGUGGUAGCUCUACAAUGAUUGUAUUUCCUACUCUGCCCACUAAAAUAUAUUAAUUACGUAUUCCUCUCAGUGCUGAGUGGAAACAAUGCAAGAAGAAAAUGAAAGGAGCCAGAGGAAACUCUACCGCUGGUGCUGCUCUAUGUGUAAAUAUGUGUUUCUGCUGUGGUCUGUUCUCUAGCGUUGGUAUUUUAUGCUGUGGUUUGUAAAUGACUCUCAUGCACAGGUUCAGUUAAAUGUGUUCCAGUCACAUUCAUGGCUUCAUCAUGAUUCAACAGCUGCUGCUAAUCGUCCUCAUCCAUUUUUACAGAGGCAAAGCACGAGCUGUUCCUCCGCCUGAGCUGACGGUGACUCCAGUGGAGAUCGCAGAGACAGACGCAGUCACUCUGAACUGUCGGACGCCGUCAUCUGCGUCUCUGUGUUUUUUCUACACUGUGAGUGGACGAACCGUCAGAACUUUCUCCUGCCUGUGGACACUGACAGGGGCCGAGCUCCUGCACAUGGCGAGUCUGAGGCCCCCUGCUGAGGUUGAAGUCAAAUGUUAUUACACCAGGAAAGGAAGAAGUUCUCCACAUAGUGAUCCGUCCUCCAUCACUAUAAAGUCUUCUCCUCAACCUAAGCUGACGGUGACUCCAGUGAAAAUCGCAGAGACAAACUCAGUCACUCUGAACUGUCAGACUCCGUCGUCUGUGUCUCAGUGUUUUUUCGUCACUGUGAGUGGAGGAACCGUCAGAAGCCUCUCCUGCCUGUGGACCCUGACAGGGACAGAGCUCCUGCACAUGGCACAACUGAGGUCACCUGCUGAGGUUGAAGUUCAAUGUUAUUAUACCUUUAAUGGAAGAAAUUCUCCGCUCAGUGAUCCGUCCUCCAUCACUAUACAAAGUAGACGUCCAUCAACAAACGUUAUUGAUACUGACACAGAGUCAAGCGUGAUAACGACUUCUCCAAAAACCCCUGUGACCACAGGUCUGACGCUCAUACUCGCUCGUACUUCUGCUCCUGUAGCUCGUUUAGAGCCAACAUCAGGUGAAACUACAGCAGGUCACACGUUUGACACUAAGGCUUUAACAUCAGUGAAACAAGCAGCAGAUUUGGACAUUAGUACGACGUCCAUGAAGGCAGAAUUUGAAGAGAAAAAAAAAGCAGAGUGGAUGUGGAGGGUAAUAAUUGGAGUGGCUGCUUGUGGCGUAGCAUCUGGUGUCGUCCUGCUGCUUCCAAUAGUUCCCAGACUGCUGCGAAGAGCUGGUUCACCAGCAGGAGCUGAGGCAGUGGAAGAAGACAAGGUGGAGGCCGUUCUCAAAAUGAAGACCAUGAACUUUACCAUUUAUACUCCGUCAUCACUGAGGAUCCAGCUGCACCCGUCCUGAUUAAUGGGAUUUAUUCGACUGCAGCUCAACCAUUAGAUGAACCCAGGAGCUGCUGAGGCCUCAGGGCAAAAGAGAGCAAGAAAAAAGCGCACAAUUAGAUUUUUACUGGGGUUAAAACCUGUAAACCUUUUGUAAAUGCUCUUAAGCCCACGAAGUGGGUUUGUGACUGGCCAAAAACAGUUAUUUCAGGUAGAAACUCACACAUACACGAGAAGGAAAAUGACACAUGUAUUUAUUGACUUUCUC